AUCUGGGGUUCAAGGGUAUCUGGUCAGGAAUGCCCAGUAACUCGGGCCAUAGUUGUGGAUCACGGGGAAAAUGGUUGUGUCCCUGGUCUCCCUGCCACCUGCCACUGCUACUGGUCUCACUCUUCCUGUGACUGCUCCAGGGCCCCCGAAGCCGCUGGCUUCCCCUCCCUGCCUGUGCAGGCUCCCAGCCAGAAAUCCUCUGCUCCAUCUGCUGAGGAAGUGGUAGGUGCCACCGAACUGUCAUUCUGGCCACAGAACCCUCUGCCUGUUCUGCCCCACUCUUUACUGGGCUGGAAGGACAGAAAUGAGCCAGAUGUGUCACACUGGGGAGCCACAGGUAAGAUGCACACAUGCGUGUGUCUGUUGCAAGAGUAACCCACCAAGCACUUCACCUCGCAGCAAGAGGGGGCAAAGAAACGGCGCAGCAGAGGCCGGGCACUCGGUUCCUGUGCACCAGGAGCGUGGUAUGGGAAGCAUAUACUGACUCAGCAAAGACAGCAGUUGCUCAACCUGUGUUUGUCACUCAGUGUGAGGCCUGUGGCAAGUUACCUAACAUCUGAGCCUUAAUUUCCUCAUUGUCGAAAUGCUGAUGAGAAUGCAAAGGAUAGGAUCAGACUAGAGCUCAGAGCUGCCUGGACCACAGAGGACAAGGGGCCAGGAGCAAAAGGGCCCCUGGAGUGUGUCUCCUGUCUACUUUGUGACAGCUAAAGAGCAUUCCUCAUCCUGGUUAUAGCAUUCUUCCCCAAGGUGACGUUACAUAAGUGACGAGGUACUUCCAUAAUUAAUAUUCAUGCACAGCCCCAAUUGAGGGCUCCAGCAUGUGGGGGGGAGACACUGGGCAGGAAGCAAAGCUUUAAGGAUCAUGUGACCUCCCUGGGGAGCACACUGGGGGCUUGCCACCCACACGCAAGUGACAAGCAGUGAACCUGACGAGCCCUGUGACUACUGCUUGCUAUGUGCGCUGCUUCACUCUCCAACCUUGGAGAGGUCAGGGAAGGCCUCCAGGAGGAAGCGGCCGCCUGUGGCAGGAAGAGCAGCGGUAAGGAUUGCCCAGAAGGGACUGAUGUGGAGAGAUACCGCUGAGGAAGUAAAGGCGUGAACACACGGCCGGAGUGGCCCAGUCUAGACUGGAAGGGAAUAACGGGAGGUGGGGGGCUUGUGGACACAGCCAGGGUGGGCCCAUGUUGACUGAAGAGGAGAGUGUGAACUUUGGAAAUACUUGAUUGGGCUGGGAAGAUAACUCAGUGGUAGAGCAAUUGUCUUAGCAUACCCAAGGCCCUGCGUUAAUCCAAUACUGCUAGAGAGGCAGGUAGACCUCAGAACGGCCACCGUUCUAGAGAGGGAAGGGUCUAAGGAUGGGGCCAGGGCUGUGCAGUUCCCAUCCAUGGGGUGCACAGCUGCCUGGGGAUGGGGGAGGGUUCAGAACUCGUGACUCAGGGCAUCCACUCUGUGGUCAGACACUCACAUCCAGCUGAUCCAGGUACAUGCGCAAGAGGCAAUGGCCCCCCAGGCCCCAGGCUCCCCAUGCCAUAGGCAUGUGUGGCCUUGGAAAGGCAAGAACCCUAAGGUUCUGCUAUCCCUCCAGUGAAGACCAGGGUCCCCUCCCCCUAGCCCUGCAGCUGUCUCUGGACGGAGGGAGGGGGAAGUGGCCAGAAGGGGAAGUCAGAGGAGUUCCUGUCCAGCCUGUCACCAGUCUCCUCGGGUCUUCAGAACAGCCGUGGUCAUGGAGUCUGUGGAGACCCCUGUCAAGGAUGGCAUCCUCUACCAGCAGCACGUGAAGUUUGGCAAGAAAUGCUGGCGGAGGGUGUGGGCGCUGCUGUAUGCAGGAGGCCCAUCAGGUGUAGCUCGACUGGAAAGCUGGGGUGUCCGUGAUGGUGGCCUGGGGCCAGCAGGCGACAGACCCGCAGGGCCUGGCCGACGAGGCGAACAUCGGGUCAUACGCUUGGCUGACUGUGUGUCUGUCCUGCCUGCGGAUGGUGAGAAUUGUCCCAGGGACACUGGUGCCUUCCUGAUCACCACCACCGAACGAAGCCAUCUGCUGGCCGCACAGCACCGCCAGUCAUGGAUGGGCCCCAUCUGCCAACUGGCCUUCCCGGGCAACGGAGAGUGUUCUUCCAGAUCAGGGCAGGCUGAGACUCCAAAAAGGGGCUUUGUGGCCAUGGAGGAAAACUCGAUCUACUCCUCCUGGCAGGAAGCGGGUGAGUUCCCAGUGGUGGUGCAGAGGACAGAGGCCACCAGCCGCUGCCACCUGAAAGGGCCUUACCUCCUGGUGCUGGGCCAAGAUGACAUUCAACUUCGGGAGACUUCCAGCCCCCAGGCCUGCUACAGCUGGCCCUACCAUUUCCUGCGCAAGUUCGGCUCUGACAAGGGCGUGUUCUCUUUUGAGGCUGGUCGCCGCUGUGACUCAGGUGAGGGCCUUUUUGCCUUCAGCAGUCCACGUGCCCCAGACAUAUGCGGAGCCGUGGCUGCUGCCAUUGCCCGCCAGCGGGACCGACUUCCAGAGCUGGCCGUGUCCCCACCCUGCCCCCUGCCUCGGGCCCUCUCCCUACCCUCCCUAGAGCCCCCUGGAGAGCUUCAAGAGGUGGCCCCAGGAUUUGAGCUGGCCACUUCCAGAAAGCUGCCUAGGACUGAUCCUGGGCCUCAAAGCCUGCCACUGCUGCUCGGUCCCACACAAGAAGGGACAGCAUCCGCUCUCUAUGCAUCUGUGUCCAAGCAGGCCAGCAAGCCCACAGCCAGUGGGGAGUACCUCUAUGAGAACCUAUGCAUGCUGGAGGCCAGUCCUGGGCUGUCCAAUGGGGGUCCUGAGUCCCAAGAGGGCCCUCCUGGUGGCCACAGCCCCCUGGCCAGUCCCAUCUAUCACAACAACGAGGACCUGAGUUGGCCUGGCUCGCCCCAUGACAGCAGCCUGGAGGCCCAGUACCGGAGGCUGCUAGAGCUGGAGCUAGAUGAGGCUGCAGGCCCCGGCCGCUCCAGUGCACAAGCAGGCAUCAAGGCCAAGUUGGUGACCCUGCUGAGCCGUGAACGGAAGAAGGGCCCUGCUCCCUGUGACCAGCCCUGAAGGCUUGUGCGGCGGCGGCGGCAGCAGGACAGAGGUGAUGUCCCAGGAAACGGAGGGAGCAACUUCCAACGUGUCCCCUGCCCACUCUGACGAGCAGGGACAAGCCAGGCAGCCUGGGAGGAACCACACACUACCCUACACGCUCCCAGCGGACAGUGUACAGAUUGACCAAUAAUAAAGCUUGCCUACCAACUUC